GUACCUGCGAGGAGACGCCGAGGCGCUGGAAGACGUGGUCGAGGAGCAGCUCCUGCAGCUCCAGCUGGACGGGCACGUUGCGGUCGAAGGGCGAGCGGAGCAGCCAGCGCAGCGGCUCGGGGCUGCCCAGGGUACCACAUUUAGAAGGCUGCAAGCUGUUGCUGAGAUGUCCUCUCCUUUUCCACUGACUACUGCUGACCUUGUGCCCCUGUUCCCUCUUGGAAGAGGCAAGCAUGCAAAAUGGAAAGUGUCCUGCUGCAAAGAACAGAUACCCCCCGCAGUAGAAACAAAGAAACAAUCUUCUGAUGAGUCUGAUUCCAAAUUUGAAGAUGAACCUGCAGAGGAUGAAAACCAGAAUGGCACAUCCCGUACAGAAUUUCAAGAGGACGCAUGUUCAGUUUCAGACAGCUGGUCUCAGAAUCAGAAGAUAAGAUCCUCUCACAAUGAGAAGAGUGCUCUUUGUAACAUCAUGAUGCUGUUGUGCAGCAUGCUUUCUUCUCUUACCUGGAAUUUUCUCAGCCACUUGCUCCAGAUCUCUAAUGUCCUGAGGAUUCAACUGCUGCCAUCCUCUCUGAUUAUCCCCAUCGCUCAGCUUUUUGAUUUGCUGGGUGACAAUGCUGUGAAAAUCCUGGGCUCCUUGAAGCUUGAAAGCAGAGGGCUGUUAACUUCAGUCUUGGGGAUGAGAUGCAAGAAAACUGGAAGAGUGAUGAAGCUCAGAGAACCACCUCGGGGUGGAAAUGAAAAAGGUAGUCCUGUGACCAUUGGCAGGAAUCCUUUUCAGCAUCAGUGAAAGCUACUACAGAAUGGCAGACGCAGGUUAUUAUUAUUUUUUUAAUUAAAAAAAAAAAAGGUAGUCAAUAUUAAGUUGAUGCAUGUUCAGGUCACAAAAGCUACUUUCCAAGUGAACAGUAUUGGCUGGCUGUAUAUUAAAUGGACCAUAGCCAGUAGCAUCUUGUCUGGUGCUUGAGUGUGUAUUCUGCUACACUCCCACUUCAGAGAAGGAUGAGUCUCUUUUAUAAUGACCAAACUCCCCUCUGGCACUACUGAUACUUUCUGUUCACCACCAUUAACUGAUUUCAAGCCAGUAAGAACAAGGUCAUAACUCUCAGCAGUAGUUCUUACUGGAGCUUAAAUGCAAUACAGUCCAGUGAAUAUUUUACUUGUACUGCAAUCAGCACUUUUCUGAUCUCCAACUUGGGUGUUCUCAGUAGAAAACACCUUCUUAAAUGCUCAAUUCUAACACAUGAAGCAAGUCUACCUCCACUUAAGCAAUAAUUAAGCCCUUAGUGGAUGCAGAGCAUGUAUUUCCUUUGCUUCUAUCCAGAGUAUACCCUUUCAGUGCAUCUGACAAGCAGAUUUAAGGUUAGAUUGGUAGUCAGUGAAACAGCUCGGUUCUACCAGUUGGUGGGGCCACAAGUAAAUGGGCAGGACUGGGAUAAGGUAUGGUUUUGUUCCCUGAAGGUUUAUCCAGCCAUCAGUCUAUAAAGAGAACAGCUAUUUGCUCCGUGUGUUGAGGCACACAUUCAACAGACUCUUUUCAAAAGAAGAGUUAAAAAUAGGGAGUCAUACCCCAAAAAAAACACAUUGCCACUUGAGAAAACAUUUGUCUCUACUCCUGAUGUAAACACGUCCCUCCACAGUCUUGCAUGGGAAGGCUGUUUUACUAACCCAUCCUAACUAGGGAGCAUGCCU